AAGUAAAGAAUUGUCAAAUUAGGGUGUCUGCCGUCUCUUUUCCUUCCCUUCGUGGACUCCCAAUACGCUCACAUUUUCCCACUUUUACCCUUGACUCCAUUUCCUACUUGCGAAACCUUCAUGAACUUUCCUUCUUUUCUCCUCCCUCAUUAAACUUUAAACCCCAUUUCCCCUCCUUACACCCAUAACAAUUUACAACCACCAUACCAACAACAAACAAAUUCAUUUGCCGAUUAAUAAUAAAAAAUGGAUCAUGUUGAUAAACAGAGAGGUUCUCAGGAUUAUGUUCCCCAUGAAUCCAAGGGAUACGCGCUUAGCGGCAGGAUAAUGUUGAGCGCCAUCGUCAUCCUCUUCGCCGUCGUUGUUAUUAUGGUGUGUCUCCAUGUCUAUGCGCGUUGGUAUAUUUUACGAGCUCGCCGCCGUCAGAUCCGUCGUGCGCGCCGUCGUACUCACCUUGUUUUCUACAUCGAGCCUGAUAACCCCACUGAGAAUGCUCCUAACAGAACGCGCGGCCUUGACGCGGCGGUGCUGAAAUCUUUGCCGACUUUUACGUUUGGUAAGGCGGGGGCGGUGGAUGGAGGAGAGGGAGAUGAGGAGGUGCUGGAAUGCGCUGUUUGCUUGUCUGAAUUUGAGGAGAAAGAAAAGGGGCGUUUAUUGCCUAAAUGUAACCACUCUUUCCAUGUCGAGUGCAUUGACAUGUGGUUCCAUUCUCACUCCACGUGUCCCCUCUGCCGCUCCCCGGUAGACGCCGGCGAUCUUCCACCGUUGGUGGAGGCUCCGGCGGGUGAAGGCGAGGUGGUCAUCGAGUUGGGCGAGUUGACUCAGAGUCAACCCGAAGAAGUAUCCGAAUUAAGCCAGGAUGUGAGGCCGAGUCAAGGUGAAUCCGCUGUGGCAGCAGGCUUUACUGCUCCUUCCUUAUCAUCGUCGCUGUCUUUUGCGGGGAGGAGAAAAGGGCUGGAUUUGGCUGGGGUGUCAAUUGAGGUUCCGAAGAGAAGCCACAGUUUUUGUUUCCCCGGGUCUAACUCGGACGAGUCAGGAUCGAGUCGUUCGCCGUUUAAAUCGCCAACGAGUCGAAUGUUAUCAUUGAAGAGAAUAUUAAGCAGGGACAAAAGAUCCCCACUCCCCUCGCCCUCCCCCUCGGGUGGCGGGCCGAGUAGUUACGAGUUGGAUAUCGAGUCAGGACGAGUUGAAUCGUCGAGUCAAGCCUUAACCUAACAACAAGGUGAUUGAUUAACCAAAGAUGUGUAUAUUCAACGAAGUCAAAGAUUUAUUUGUUGACUUUUGGACCACUAAAAUGUCCGUUUUACUUGCUUGUUGUGAAACGGGGUUGGUGAUGGGCCUGAUGGCCGCAAAUCAGAUCAAAGGUGAAAUGUAAAUACUGUAUAUCACAGGGGUAAAGAUGUCUUUUUCCAGCCGCCUCUUACCCUAGGGAGCAGGGAUGGGGUCUCUUUUUAGACAUUGAGGAUAAUUUUGAUGUUGAUAUUAGUUCACUCAAUGUAAAUGUUUCUGAUUUUGCUUUUGAAACAUUCUUAGAACUUGAUGUUUGUAAACCAAUAGUCAAACAUAUUUCCUUCAUUUAUUGGGGAGAACAGAAAUACUAAAGGAUAAAGAGAUUUCCUUCAUUA